UUUGGAGCAUCGAACGGUAUGGUUGUGUUUGGUGUUUGAACGUAUUUUGCCGUGUGUGAUCAUCCAUCAGUCAGUCAACCAGCAGAAGAAAACUUUCGCGAGAAGGGAGAAAACGAAGCGCGACUUGACUGAAAGAGAGAAUCGAAUCGAAUCGAGAGAUCAACACGCAAGCAGACGACGGACCGUACGAAAAAAAACACAAGAGAAGAAGCCAUUUUUCAUUCUCCGAUCGUGGCCGCAGCAGCAGUGGUGUGCACAAAAGUGAAGAAAAAACGGGAAAAUCUGUGGAAAAUUAAUCAUUUUUCUUUGGCAAUUCAAGCUUGAGUGGACAAAUAAACCAAAUACAAUGCAGGAAUAGAACUGCAAUUACGAGUGCGGGCUGCAUGCUGUCACAGGAAGUCUGGCCAUCUGAUUUUCUGUUCUGCCCCGGUCAUGCUGAAAAAGCAGAAAAUUUGAGUUUCUUUUUUUCUUUCGCUUGGAUUGGUUCGUGGGUGCUGGAAGGGUGUAAAAGUGUAGCGGAAAAGCUUCCGGACAACGAGCAAAGCGACGACGACAGAAGAAGCGCAGUAGCAGCAGCAGUGUGAAACGGGUGCAGGAAAAAAUUUGAUCGAUAUUUUCCACCAUAAUGGUAGCGCGUUUGGCGUAGCUGUUCCGUUUAAUUUUUCCGUCGAUUGGCAACACCAUUCCUGCCGGGGCUAGACCAACGUUGCCGGAAACAAGCAAACAUCAGCGCAGUGCAAUUUGUCUUGCUGCAGAAAGAAGUAUAUUUUUUUUCUUUGUGUUAGAGUUAAACUCACAUGAAAACGUGUAAAAUUGUGAUUUUCCAAGUCUUAAACCUAUUUUUGUGUAAGCCUAAGUGUAGAUUUUGUUUUAUCCAAUCCGGACUAACUGGAGUUUUGGAAUACUCGCCUUCAUCAAAUUAGAAGCCCGACCUGAGGAGUGAACACAUAGGAGCAUCGAAACGACGACGGCAUCCAGAUCGAAAAAAUGUCGGGUGAUCGGGAGAUUCCGGCUGAGGAUAGCAUCAAGGUGGUGUGCCGUUUUCGUCCAUUGAACGAUAGUGAAGAACGAGCCGGAUCGAAGUUUAUAGUCAAGUUUCCUUCUGGACCAGAGGAGAACUGUCUCUCUAUAGGGGGCAAAGUAUACCUGUUCGAUAAAGUAUUCAAACCGAACGCCACACAGGAGAAGGUAUACAAUGAGGCGGCCAAGUCGAUCGUCUCUGACGUGCUGGCCGGCUACAAUGGCACUAUUUUCGCCUACGGUCAGACGUCGUCGGGUAAAACGCACACCAUGGAGGGCGUCAUUGGCGACCCGGGCAAGCAGGGUAUCAUUCCACGUAUCGUUAACGAUAUCUUCAACCACAUCUACAGCAUGGAGGUGAAUCUAGAGUUCCACAUCAAGGUUUCCUACUACGAAAUCUACAUGGAUAAGAUCCGGGACCUGCUGGACGUUUCCAAAGUAAACCUGAGUGUGCACGAGGACAAAAACCGGGUACCGUACGUGAAGGGUGCGACCGAACGGUUCGUGUCCAGUCCUGAGGAUGUGUUCGAGGUGAUCGAGGAAGGUAAAUCCAACCGGCACAUAGCGGUGACCAACAUGAACGAACACUCGUCACGGUCGCACUCGGUGUUUCUCAUCAACGUGAAGCAGGAAAAUCUGGAAAAUCAGAAGAAGCUUUCCGGCAAGCUAUAUCUGGUGGAUUUGGCUGGUUCGGAGAAAGUUUCGAAAACCGGUGCCGAGGGUACGGUGCUGGACGAGGCGAAAAAUAUUAACAAAUCGCUUUCGGCACUUGGCAAUGUGAUUUCGGCGUUGGCCGAUGGCAACAAGACACAUAUUCCCUACCGUGAUUCCAAGCUGACGCGAAUUCUGCAGGAAUCGCUUGGUGGUAAUGCACGCACCACCAUCGUGAUCUGCUGUUCGCCAGCAAGUUUCAACGAAGCGGAAACCAAGUCCACGCUGGAUUUCGGACGAAGAGCCAAGACGGUUAAGAAUGUGGUUUGUGUGAACGAAGAGCUAACGGCGGAAGAGUGGAAGCGUCGGUACGAGCGGGAAAAGGAAAAGAAUGGACGCCUGAAGGGUAAAGUGGAAAAGCUGGAGGCGGAACUGGCAAGAUGGCGAGCAGGCGAAACGGUUAACGUGGAAGAGCAGCUUGACCUGCAGGACGUAAUGGAAGCCAGUACACCGAACGUUGAAGUUUUGCUGGAGAAACCUUCGGAUCUACCGGUACCGGCAACGCCAAGCGGUCUGACAAUGAUCGGUUCGAUCAACGCUGACGAGCGAGCUGCUCUGGAGCAGGAACGCGAACGUCUCUACCAACAGCUGGACGAUAAGGAUGAAGAGAUCAACCAGCAAUCGCAAUACGUUGAGAAACUAAAAGAGCAGAUUAUGGACCAAGAAGAACUGAUCGCCAACACUAGACGGGACUAUGAAAACUUGCAAGCGGAAAUGACUCGCAUUCAGCAGGAGAACGAGAGCGCUAAAGAGGAAGUUAAGGAAGUCCUUCAAGCUCUUGAAGAACUUGCCGUUAACUAUGAUCAAAAGUCGCAGGAAAUCGAGUCGAAGAACAAGGAAAUUGAUGCCGUAAAUGAUGAACUGUUGCAAAAACAGACUUCGCUGAAUAGCGCCCAGUCGGAGCUGCAACAGCUCAAAGACAUGUCGGCUCACCAGAAGAAGCGCAUCAAUGAAAUGCUGAGUAAUUUACUGCGCGAUAUUUCGGAGGUCGGUCAGGCCCUGGCUGCCGAUCCGAACGAGAUGAAACUGAACGUGGAAGCCUCUGCCGGUAAACUAGAAGAAGAGUUCACCGUUGCUCGGCUGUACAUUAGUAAGAUGAAGUCAGAGGCGAAGAACGUCUCCCAGCGGUGCUCGAAUUUAGAAAAUUUACAACAGGAAGCCAACAAGAAAGUCGGCGAAUACGAGAAGGAUCUCAGUGAAUGUAGGCUGCUAAUUUCUCAGCAUGAGGCCCGCAUGAAAUCGCUGCAGGAAUCGAUGCGAGAAGCAGAAAAUAAGAAGCGUACUUUGGAAGAGAAUGUGGACGCUCUGCGUGAGGAAUGCGCCAAACUGAAGGCCGCUGAGCAGGUGUCCGCCGUGAAUGCGGAAGAGAAACAGAAGGCUGACCAGUUGAAGGCUGCAUUCGAGAACCAAAUGGAUCAGCUGCGGGAUGCUCACACCAAACAGGUUUCGGCAUUACGAGACGAGAUCUCCGAGAAGCAGGAGUUCAUCAACGAACUGAAGGAUACCAACCAGAAACUGUCACUUGCCCACCAACAGAUGACGGCCGACUACGAGAAGCUGCGACAGGAGGAAGCCGAAAAGUCCGCCAAACUGCAGGAACUUAUGCUUACCAACGAACGCCGGGAGCAGGCUCGUAAGGAUCUCAAGGGACUGGAAGACACCGUGGCUAAAGAACUGCAUACAUUGCACGCCUUGCGAAAGCUAUUCGUGCAAGAUCUACAGGCUCGCAUGAAGAAGUCAAGCAACAUGGAGGAAACCGAAGACGACGGUGGCUCGUUGGCCCAGAAGCAGAAGAUUUCUUUCCUCGAGAACAACCUAGAACAGCUAACCAAGGUGCACAAGCAGCUGGUGCGGGACAAUGCGGAUCUGCGCUGCGAGCUGCCGAAACUGGAAAAGCGGCUACGUACCACGAUGGAGCGAGUGAAGGCGCUGGAGACAGCCCUGAAGGAGGCCAAGGAAGGUGCAAUGCGAGAUCGUAAACGCUACCAGUACGAGGUGGACCGCAUCAAGGAGGCCGUUCGGCAGAAGAAUCUGGCCCGGCGUGGACCGCAGGCGCAAAUAGCAAAGCCAAUCCGGGCUGGCCAGGGACAUAUUCUGUUCAAGACAGCUGCGGCUGGCAGCAGCAGCGGUUCACCAGUGACACCAAAGGCGGUUAUGGUGGAGAAAAGAAAAUCCGUUGUUAAUGAUUCGGAAAGUUGAAUCGGCUAAGACUGCGCGGAUUUCCCAGUGCGGCUUAGCAAACGCAACUCUAAAACUACUAUCGUGUAAGCACUAAAUUUCCCACGCUGCAAUUAUAUAUAUACAUUCAUAUAUAGAUAUUUAACUCCUUUACACAUACACAAACACAUGAUCGCACCCGAAAUUCUUGUGGGUGUUUUGUGUGUGUGAUAUAGGUGUGGAUUGUGACGCAAAAUGACGAUUUUGAGCAAACAAAAUUUUACCGCAAUCAAAACACAGAAAAUCUAAAAAAAAGAACAGUAAAUUGCAGCAUAAAUGAUAUUGAGCACCCGCAGCGUAUAUAUAUUUUUUGGCCUGAGAACUUACCAAAAGUUUUGCCUGCAUUAGAAUCAUUCAUUAUUAUUACCGUUCAAAGCAACUCCAGUUUUGAACCGCAAGGAAAAGGAAACGACUAAAAUGCACAGCUAAAGUAAAGUGUUAUAGAGCAACAGACUUUAAAGAAAGGAAAGAUGGUAUGAUACAUGGUGUCUUUAAAUUAUGGCGCUGAAAGAUGCAAACCAGCUAAACAAUUGCGAUAUAGUAAUAUAUUAUAAAUUUAACGCAGCAUCAAUAGCAACACAGACGAGGGUUAAAAGUUUACUGAAAAUCUACAAAAAAAAUUCAAUUUGAAACAGCAUAAAAAUAUGAACAAUAUUCAAACCUAAUCAGAGCUGCUUAAUAUAAAAAAAAACUUCGCUAUUGUGCUAAGACAAAGUAUGUGACGCUAAAACUACUAUUUAUUAAAUUAUUGCUUAUUUUUUAAAUAAAGAACCAACAAGAAUACGACUAUCUACUUACAUAGACACACACACAGAAGAAGAAAAAAAUAUAGUAACAAAUUCAUCACACUCACAAACAUGCAAGCGUAAUAUAGACUUUCCAAAAUAAUAGGAAUCGCGAUCUUGACGAAUAGCAAAUACAAACGAAUAAAUUAAAGCCAGGCAGAGGGCCACUAGUAACAACAGUAGAGGUCUGAAUUCGCGCCAAGUCCAUUUGUUUAAUUUUACGUUGCUGUGUAGGUCGAGUUUUUUUUUACAUCAGGUUUCGGGAACUGAGUGUUUUUUUUCAGCUUUUGUAAUUGUUUUAUAGUAUAAUUUACGCAGCACAUUCGAAACUAAUAUUUGUCGGUUCCUUAUCGCUGAUAGAAAAAAAUAGAAUGGAACACUAUGUUUUACACCAGAUAAAAAGAGACGAAAACUUUCCAAAGUUAUUUUCUUAUGAAUGCUUUAUUAUAAAUUAUGGUUUGAGACAAGCAGAAGAGAGGAAAGGAUCAUUAAUUAUCGGUUUUACUGGCAGUGAUAGAACUAACACAUAAGAAACAGAGCAGCCUGGAUGACUCGGCGGUAGGUUGAACUUUAAUUUAUAAACUCAGCGCUUACGAUAUUGUGUCUCGUCGUUCGUUUGUUGCAAUAUGGUUGUUGUUCGGCAUCGGACCAACUGAUCGCCUGCUUCUUCUUCAUCCAGUGUUGUUGCCGUUAUUAGAAUGCAGCAGGAUAAGAGAAAGAGAGAGAAAAAACAUGCGCAAAAUAGUAGCAAUGUGAAAGUCUAUGCUUAGAAAAGAUAGAAUCACAGAAAGCAAAGCAGAAAAACAAUAAAACAUUGGACAGCUUAAA